AUUAGUUUUCAUUUUUUAGGAACGCUUCAUUGUUGAGGGUCAAGAGACUCUUGUUUGGCGGCAAAUGAAUAGGUCAUACAAAAAUUACCGAAGCUCCUUGAAGAAAAAAUGGUUUAAGCCAUAUGAGAAGGAUCCUGAGGAGGCACUAGAAAUUUUGCCACCUAACAUGGUGGAUGAUGAUUGGAACUAUCUUGUGCAUUUAUGGAGCAAUAAGGACUGGAAGACAAUGUGUGAUAAAAACAAGUAUAGUCGUUCCAAAAACUUUAUCAUUCACAUUACUGGAUCAAAAAGCUUCCAACAACGAAGUGAAGAAGAGAGGGAGAAAACUGGAGAAGAUCCUAGUCGACUUCAAUUAUUUGAGAUCACACAUACAAGAUCUAAUGGCCAAGCUGCAAAUGAAACUACACAGGAAGCAUUGAUGAAAUUUAAGAGACUUACUAUUGAAGUGGCUGAAGGGUCUUUGCAAAUGUCUGGCAAUGAAAUGUUUGUAGAGGUAUUUGGACCUGAACAUCAUGGUCGUGUUCGUGGUUAUGGUGAUGGUAUUAGUCCUACAGAGUUAUGGGGUUCCUCUUCAUCUACUAUUCGUGACCUCCAAAUGCAAUUGAAAGAAUCUGAGGAAAGAUGUAAGGAGAAUGAUGCAAACCUUUUGAGGCAAUUGAAAGAAUCUGAGGAAAGAAGCAAGGAGAAUGAUGCUAACCUUCUAAGGAAAUUGAAAGAAUCUAAGGAACACCACAAGGAGAGUGACGCUAAUGUACAACUCUUGAAGGCACAAGUUAAUCGGGUUGAGAGUUUGCUAGCACAAGUACUCAAAAACAUGGCCCCAUUUGAGCUAGCUCAAUCUGAUUGUUCUUCUUAACUUUACCAAUCAGGUUGUUGGAAGUGUAUAGAAGAGAAAAAUUAGUCUGUUUUGUAGAGAAAGAUUGAACUUUCAUUCUAUUUUGGAUGGAUAUAUCUUCUUGUAGAUAUAGUCUGAGAUAUCAGCAGUCUGUCAAAUGCUAUGUUUUGCAAGUUUUGAUUCACCCUCUACUUCAAGUGCAGAACAGAUCUCAUGAUGAUGAUUUCCAAAUUCUUGGUUUGUGCAAAGUAAACAUGUGACUUCCUCUUUACUUUUCUAAAUAUUCUUUGGUUCACCAUGAUGUCAUAUGAAUGAAAUUACUGCUAUAUGUAAUGAUUAGAAUGUACAGAUGGUAGAAUUUCCAGGAAAAUUACUUUUGUCUUGCUCUACAUCUACACAUAUUAAACUGUGAAUCUGUUACCCUCUUGGUUGUCUUUCUUUUUUUAUACAAUUCUUGUUCUCUAAGCUAUGUAUGUUGGACUGCAAUGAUGGCUUUGAAUCAUAGGCCUAAACUAUGCAGGAGUAUCUAUAUUCACCACCACCAAUGUUAAAGUUUACAAAUUUAGAGUUCC